CACUCAUCACCUGCGCAGAACAAAACCCGGCGCCAAAGCACCGCGAAAAUGCUCCUGUCCAAACUCCUCCUGCUACCCGUAGCAUUCGCCUCUUCGGUCACGCUUUACGUGCACUCCCUUCCUUCGACAGAGUCCCAUCAUUCGCCCAUCCCAUCCCCAAUUCCACUUGCACAGAUCGACUACGACGCAGACACAUCAACGGGAACGCUAGCAUCAUAUACCCCUCCAACGGGCUCCUACUCUCCAGAUCACCUCCUACGCAUCGGCCUAGGCGAUCCCAAGAUUGGUCACUGGCGCGGUGUCCUUACCUCCGCCGCAAGCUUCGGGGAUGAAUACAAGAAGAAGUUCACCGUGCAUAUCGAUGAGAAGGGAGAGCCAUAUCACGUCGGCUUCAGCACUGAUGUCAGGGGAUCCGGGGAUGAGGUGGAGGUGGAGGUUGUGAAGAGGGAGUCGGGGCCAAAGCCCGUCUUGAACAAGCCCGUAGUGUUGAAUGCUGAUGGCAAGCUGGAUAACAAGGAACCCGAAAAGACAUUCCUUCAGAAGUAUUGGUGGGCUAUAGGCCUCUUCCUCUUAAUUCAGGUCGUUGCUGGUGGUGGAGGCGAGAAAUGA